GGACGCCAGGGCCCACCCGUCAUAAGGCGAACUCGAGGCCGCUCCGCCACCUCACCACAUUUCCCAAGCGUGCAGGGGACACCGCCCGUCAUCCGCGCGCCGAGGAUCUUCUACCCAGCCAUCAACGCCCUCCUCCAUCAACGGAAGGUGGCCGAGGAUCCGCCCCACCCUCCUCCCCACGCCGUCGUCGAUGGAAGAUCCGAGGAUCCGCCAUCAACGCCGCGCCCACCCUCCUCCCCCUCUGCUCCGCGACGACAGGGGUCUGAGGCCGCCAUCAACGCCCUCCUCCCCACGCCGUCGAUGGCGCGCGCAGAUCCAGUCUCCUUCAGGCAACACCGCGCCAUCAGCGGAAUCUCCUUCCGCCAUCAGCAGAAGGUGCUGAGGAUCUUGGGCAAGCAGGAGAGGGGGAGAGGAGGCCAAGGACACAACCGCGAAGCCAAACUCAUCCAAUCCAGUCCCUUCUGUCGGCCGCACCUCGACGGCUUCACCGUGCCCCCGCCACAUCGCGACCAUGGCGAAGGAGCAGGCUGGCUAGCCCUCGGUCCGCCUCAGCCCGCCGCCAGGAGAGAUAAGAUACGCAUAGCGAAGCUGGAAGCCUUGCUGUACAACAAAGAUGGUCCGAGCGGUGGAUCCGAGGCAACUUCCUCUGCCGUGAAGGAUCUUCAGUCGAAGCUAGAUGUGGUUACUGCAGAAUGCUUGACUGAAAAGGAUAAGAACAAGAAGCUGACUAUGGAGAACGAGAAGCUCCAGUACCGCAUGACCCAUCUGAUUCGUGCGAUAAAAGAGGCGGAAUCGAGAUAGGAGCAGCCCGACGAGGCCGAUUCAAAGCCUGAUGUCGAAGUGUUCCCCACCCGCCUUGCUGAUCCUUCAUGUUGUUCCUGCAUCAACCUCAAGCUAUCAUUGUGAUCUUGAGUUAGAGCUUGGUCACAAGUCAAGACUGUAUUAUCAAACUGUCGAUUGAAAAUGAUGAUGUGUGCACAACUUUCUGUCUUCACCUGACCCCAUCCCGAAGGGCACAUUGGAACACAAAAUGUUAUCUGAAAUGGCAGUUCAUAUUUUGAAACAUUUCGCCCCACUUCAUUUAUGCAUAGGGGCAUGUUGGUGAUCUACUCAGCUGAUAAUGGAGCUGGCUGGUUGAACGCUUGGAGCAAAGGAAA